GAUGAGAGGCCCGCGGACUCGGGCGUGGGCCGGAUGGACACGCUGGUGCUGGGCCGGUGGCGACGGCGGAGGGCGGAGGAGCUUCAGGUUCCGGGGGACGCGAAACGGGCAUGCAGGAGAGGAGAAGCAGCCGGGCCGGAGUGGGCCUGCCCCCCCACAAACCUCAGCGCCCUGGUGUCCUGGAGUGAUGAGGGGCGGCCAUGUCUCGGGAUUCCUCACAACGGUGGAGGGAGCUCGGCCCAGCCUUGCCCGAGAUGUAUUGCGGGGGAGUCUGGACAUCUUAACCACACCGAGAGCCAGUAGGAGUGCAAGCUGGAAGGUUCUGUCUGUGUGCCAACGAGGGUUGCCCUCAGCAUGGACUGGGUGCCCACCCGUCACAUCGCAGCCCGCGUGCCCCGGUCGGGAGAUCCCACCGCCUGCUGUGCGUGAGUCAGGAGGACCCUGUCG